AAAUGUUUUGAUGGUGUUUGUUUGUUUGUCUGAGGUUUGUGUUCUUCUCUGUACAGUGACUGUGAAGCUGCAGUGUUCACACAAAGAGUGGAAAUGGGAGGUGGGAGCAAGAACAGUUUUCCUGUUGUUUAGGAGGAAAGGAGAGCUGGAGAGAGGAGAGACAGCGGACAGACUGCACACACCCAGCCGGCGACUUUAAUCUCACAUUCUGUGUUUUCUCCACAUUCAAAUGGAAACGGGAGCUACUUUGCUGCUGCUCGUCAUGUGUCACUGUGGACUACAUCUGUGAGAUGGUCUGAAAGCAAGAGGAGCUCAAAGACAAAGACCAGAGGAGAAAGAGGAGGAGAGACGUGGAGGUGCCGAGUGAAGUCGUUCACUGUUAAAGGAGAAGCAGAGGUGGAAGCAGAAAAUGGGACCAGCAGUCACCUCUCUCACCGUGCUGUGUCUAUGUUCUCUGGGUGUGAACGUUCUUCCAGCACCAACAGAGGAAUCCCUGCCAGAGGUGAAAAAGACACGAGGGGACGUCCCUGACAUUCUUCCAGAGCCUGAACCAGAGCCGACCAAUGCGCUGUCAGAUUUUGAAAAUUCAUACAACUACGUCUUGUCCAGACUGGCCGGUAUGGACCAGGCAAUUCAUAAGCUGAAUGUAGGUCACUACACUCUGGAUGUUAAAGUCAGCCAGCUGCUGGACUCUCUGUCCAGGAUGGAUGCUAAAGUUGGAGAACUGGAAGACACCAUCCGGGAAGCCUAUCAUCACAGCAAGGAUAACCGCAAGGAGAUUGGAAGACUGGAAGGUUGCCAAAAAGGACUGAGGGUUGGAUAUAAAUGUUAUCUGGUGUAUAACAGCUACAAAGACUAUGCUGGAGCAUCUAGAAAGUGUCUGGAAAGAGGCGGCCGCAUGGCGAUGCCCCGCGAUCGCAAAGAGCAGGAGGCUUUGGCACAUUAUGUCAAGUCAUUCUUCCAUCCAGGAAACUGGCCGGUCUGGCUGGGCAUUAACGACCUGCGCUCUGAGGGCUUGUACCUCUUCGAUGAUGGGACGCAAGUGACGUACUUCCAGUGGCGCAAGCACUUCCUGUCCAGCCAACCGGAUGGGGGGAAGAGGGAAAACUGUGUAGCGAUGUCAUCCGACGACGGCGACUGGUGGGACCAGUACUGUGAUCGGAACAUGAACUAUCUGUGCGAGUUUGAUGACAGGGUGGCACUUUAGAAUCAGCACUUUUUACAAGAUUUUUCUCUGUAAUAAUGUUAGCGUUCAUGAAUUACUGUUGAUACAAACAUGUUGCGCUUUCGAAUAACUUAUUCCCUUGCAAAGGAUCCUUAUUAUACACCUUUUUAAUUAAGCUCACAUGGGGACGUAUAUAAAAAUAUAUAAAAUUUAGCCCAAAGAAAUAUUAUCGACACUGAGGCGACAUCCUAAAACAGAACAAUUUCAGGUUUUUUAGAAAUUUGCACAAUAUGAUUAAGAGAAAAUGCGACUGAUAUAUGUUUCAGAAAUAUAUUAUCUGCAUUAAUGUUAUUUAUGUAGCGCCAAACUCCAGAAAAUAUCUCAAGACACUCUACAUGUACAGCAGCUCUAGACUGCUGUCUGUACGAUCUAAUUUAUAGAGAAGCAAUAUUCCACCAAAAGCAAACACAAGGUGAUAGUGGCAAGGAAAAUCACUUUUAUGUAACAGGUAGAAACCUCAAGCAGAAACAGACCGUUGGAAGGGGCCAUCUGCCACAAUCAUAGUACAGGUAAACCCCAUUAACUCACGCAAGUUGGGGUCCACAAAAUUGGACCACGAGUUAUCUGAAACCUAGAGUAUACAUUUAUUGUUAUUAUACCCUAAAUUUUAGCAUAUUGUAGCGUGAAAAGUAGAGAGCUGAUUUGUUUGCAAUUGAUACCAAAAGAAAGAGGCAUUCAAGUACUGCAAAAAACGAGCAGAUACCGAAACCUUCAAUCACACUUUUAUACCAAAAUUGUGCAUCAAAUUCUUUAUGAUUUUCUUCCGUACAAAGGUUUUGCAUGUAAUACCGCGAAAACCACAAAACCAAUUUUCACUAAACUUUGUGAACAUAUAACCUUAGUAAAGGCACAGCUCUGAUAGGAGUUUCAUUUUGAAAGUACCCAUAAUACACCAGUUAACGCUUUUAUACACCUUAAGUACUGGUCAGAAUUGCACAAAAGUGCUUGUAAACUUUAUACAGGUAAAGGUAAGCAUGUGUGUUAGUAUAAGUAGUCAGACAUAAUCUACCCUUCUAUGAGUAUUUCACAAUGUCCUCAAAUUCAUGUUUUUGAGCGUACGUUUGUUUACAGUGGUUGUGUCUGCACGAAAGUAGUACCAAAAUGUUUUUGUCAGGGUUCACCAGGUAUUUACGAAUAAAGUGCUUGUCCAUAAUACAACUUUCCUACUCAAAAGAGAGCUUUUUUAUUUACUUAUUUUUUGCUCAUUUUGGAAUUUAGCAUGCCACUCAUAGUUAAACUACCAUUUUACAUAAAAUAAUUAUUACUAACAACUAGUGUCUGAGCCAAAAAAUAUAUGAAAUAUAAAUAUUUCUAUAAUGUCCCCAUGUGGUAAUUGAGUAAAUGGCUGUCUGUAUGAUAUUUACAGAUUAUGGUUACAAGUUUUUUAUACAUUUUAACAAUAUUCUUAAUGUUCCCAUGUACAGAAUUAAUAUGUUCUUGGCUUGCUGUCCUUGUAUAUAGGGGUUGGGUUUGAUUUCUGAGGAGUAAUAAUGACUACAAUAUGUCUGAAGACAAAGUGGUCACUAAACUCCAAACAAUCAUGUAGAGAAAUUGGCAUAAUAUUAUUUUCCCAAUGAAAUGCACUCACUGUCCAGAUGAUUAACCAGAGCAUAUUGAUGAAAGAAAUCUCUGCAACCAGCGGGUCUAGAGAGAUAACUGUAUAAAUCAGCAAAUCGUUUGUAAUUAUUUGUAAGCAUACGAUAUGAGUUAUGAUACAGUCCUAAAAAUGUCAUGAAAUGACAUCAUAAUUGUCAGACAGUUUUUCUAGGAUAUCUCCUAAACCAGUAGGGGUAAUCUAAAGCUGAUACUGCUGUCAUGAUGGUAUCUCUAAAACACCAUGAAAUGAUGUUGCAUGUAUCUCCACAACCAAUAGCGCUAGAGAUGAUCUAAAACAUGCAGAUGGGUGUGAUGCUUUAAAAAAUUAUAAAAAUAAUUGAUCCACAUAUUGUUUUGGUAAAUGUUUUACCCUGAAUGCCUUCGUGAUGCAACUACAGAUCUACAUGAAGAAAUAGCCUACGGUAUUCUGCAUGAAGGAUAUGCAAACUCCUUGUAGAAAGGAAGUAGAAACUUGGCUUGAACUCAAGGUGAACUCCCCCAAACAAAGCAACAAAAAACAUGUAUAAGCACAAACUCAUGUCCUUUAACUUUAACACUAAAUACAAACUUCUUGGCCCUUUCAGUCUGUUUAUUAUAUCAUUAUUGGAAAUGCAGCUGUAGCAAUAUGAAUGUGAAGCCUUUCUCUGCGAUUCACACCUGAAAUCUAAAACAGCCCAAAGUCUCCAAAAACCAAAACCAUAAAAAGCUGAAAGCAUUCCUGUCUGAGCCUGGGAUAGAUUAAACAGGCUUAACUCUAAGACCUGCUCGCCUCACUGUGUAUUUGUACAGAUAUUAUGCAGUGUUACUGUCUCACACUGCAGAGUUCUGACCUCUGCAGAUGUUAUAAAGGGUGUUUCUGCCAGCUCGGUUGUGUAUUCCUCAACAUCUGUAGAAAUCAGAGCAAGAUUUUUGAGUCGUAUGUCAAAUCGAAACCCAAAAACUGUAUGUCGUGUGUUCAGAUCGUUAGUGUUUGUCUUGCAGAAAAAUGUAUUUCUCCCCUGUAAAAUAGGAAAGGAAUUACUGUGUGCAAAUGCUUUUUUUAAAUAAAGAUUUUAUGAACUAAAAUAUUGUGUGUACGUUUUAUUUGUAAAAAGAAAGAAAAAUACAACCCCUGGCAAAAAUUAUGGAAUCACCGGCCUCGGAGGAUGUUCA